CAUACCGUAAAAGUGUCAUAAAAUGCAAAGGGCAGAUUUUCUUUUCAAAUAGUCAUGAACCGUAUAGGUCGGAAGCAUACAUUCUCCCGAAAACGUAUCGGAUAUGUGUAACAACUCACGUAUAGUUUCUCAGCGUCGAAAGGUGUAGAGUGUAUGAUAAUUCUACAGAACAAAGUAGAACCAGGAAAUGAUGUCAUGGAGGUCGAGGCUGUAGCACAGUUCAGUUGGGCAGAUUGGCUUGUGUUCGGACUUGCACUUUUGUUAUCAAUACUUAUAGGAUUUUACUAUGGAUGUACAGGAAAGAAGCAAAAUACUACCGAAGACAUUUUACUUGGCGGAAGAAAAAUGUCUGUGUUUCCAGUGUCCGUGUCGAUCGCCGCUACACUCCUUUCAACGAUAGGAAUUAUUGGUUUCCCAUCAGAAGUAUAUCACCAUGGCACUAUGCUUUGGUUAGUAGUGACCGGGGUGUCAAUUGCGUUCCUGGUAACCGCCCAUGUUUAUGUACCGAUUUAUCAUGGUUUAAAGUUAACCAGCGUUUUUGAGUACCUUGAAUUACGCUUUAACAAGGCUAUUCGAAUCUUGGCAGUUGUUAUUUACUCAUUUCAAACUCUUGUCUUCAUCUCGGUAAACCUUUAUGCAUCAUCAGUGACACUUACACAAGUAAGUCGAAUACCUUUUUGGGGAACUGUGAUAUUGGACGGGAUCGUCUGUAUGCUGUAUACGUCAGUUGGUGGUAUUAAGGCAGUCCUUUGGGCUGAUACGUUACAGAUUGGUCUAAUGUUUUGAGGAUGUCUCGCAAUUAUCGUACAAGGAUCAAUUAACCUUGGAGGUCUUGAUGAAGUUUUUAGGAUAGCAGCUGAUCAUGGAAGAAUAGAAUUUGAUGAGUUGAGCCCAGAUCCCAGAACUCGCCAUACUGUGUGGGGCAUGAUUUUUGGAAUGGGUCUAUUAUACUCUGCUAUGUUUUCAAGCAAUCAGCACUUCGUUCAAAGAUACCUCACACUAAAUACUAAUCGAAAGGCACAAGGGUCUUUGUAUAUCAACGUCGUCAUAGCGUGGAUAGUUAUAAGUAUGUGUUGCUUGGUUGGAGUCGUGAUGUUUGCAUCAUAUGCCUCCUGUGAUCCGAUGAAACUUGGACAUGUGGACAUUCCAGAUAAGAUGAUAGGUCAUUUUGUCAUGGAUUUGUUUGGGUCUUUGAAAGGAAUGCCUGGGUUGUUUAUUGUCACAGUGACUGCAGCAGCCAUGAGCACAAUGUCAUCUGGACAGAACGCUCUCGCUGCUGUGUAUUUAGAAGAUGUGACUAAACCCAUUUAUACAGCAGUGCACAAGACACCCAUGACAGAAGCAUUUGCAACAAACAUAACUAAAUGUUUUGGUGUUUUCUUUGGAUUAGCAACGAUAGCAGUUACAUUCAUACUAGCAGAGGCAAAAGACACACUUUUAAUCAUUUUUUGGAAACUGUUCGGUAUUCUCGGGGGACCUCUUUUUGGAAUGUUCACAAUUGGAAUAUUGUGUCCUUGUGCUAAUGCUUGGGGUGCAGCUGCAGGGCUUGUCUCAAGUCUUGGGAUUCUCAUUUGGAUCAAUGCUGGAGUUCUGAUGUUUAAGAUUCGACCAAACAACUUGCCGACUGAUAUUUCGGGUUGUAUCGUAAACGCCUCUGAAUAUUACAACAAAACGACUGCAUCGGAGUUCCUCGACAUAGUGACAUCAGGAUACCUCAACUUAACACAGACAGGUCAUCCUUUCGAAUUAAACACGUCGUUUUCAAGUGUUACAGAUGGAGUACUUACUCUUGACGUAGAAUUAAGUAAAGAGUCUGGUAUAUUCUACCUGUAUAAUGUAUCGUAUGUUUGGUAUACGCUGAUUGCGUUGAUUGUCACGUUUGCUGUUGGUCUUCCUGUAAGCCUUCUCGCUGCUUGUGUAACAGGAAAAUAUAAAGCAGAAGACUUAGACGAGAGACUUUUUUGGUCGGUAUUUAAACAACUUUCCGGAUGUUGCAGAAGUAAGAAAUCGACGACAAAAAAUGGUUCUGUUUCGACAACUGUUUUUGUUGAAAAUCAAACUUUCGACAACGGUGAAAAUCAGUAUCGAAAGACACAGAAUACACAAGGGAUAGCCAACAAAGGGUUCUUCGAUUCCAAUAGACUCUGAAUUUCUUUACUGAAAGGAGAAUCUGCAUUUAUGAACUACAGUUUUUAUUUCAGUUAUAAACAUGAGAGAUUAAUUCUGAUGAUUACCCAUAAUCCUAUGCUGCAUGUAUCAUAAUUGCUGGAAUUACACCGGAAAAAACACUAAAAGCGCUUUAGUGGAAAGCGCUUUACAAAAUCGCCAUCCUGAUUACACCAACAUUUCUAAAGCGCCUUAGGAAUUUUACUUUGGAAUU